UGCAUCAGUAUCGUUGCUUCUCCUAUUUACUUCUAUGAUGUUACUGGCCAGUAACAUGUUCGCGACGCUGCUGGUGCUGAGCGCGCUGGCAUCAGGCGCACGCGCAGACUGCGACGCCUGCAUCGCGGGUCGCUGCCAUACCCGCAGACCCAUCCUCUCGGGAUUCCCCGUCACUGGCCAGAUGGCAAUUGACCGCACGGAUAAUAUACUCUAUCUACAGAUUAACUCAAAACAGAAUAUCGCCAUCUUUUUGGACGAUCUGCAGCACCGACUGGUUAACAUGAUGAGCAUAACAGGAAUGGACUUCGACCAACCGUCCCACACUUUGUAUAUGCUUACAGAAGAUGGAACAUUCUAUAAGUAUUAUGUAGCUAGAAAUACAACGGUCGGUGGGCUACAGCUAAACGAAGGCAUGCGCCCUAAUAUUAUAAGGUAUUUUACUGAUGAUAAACUGGUUUAUUUUGAAGGGUAUGCAAAUAAUACUAGUACAUUUCAUUAUGUUGCAAUGAAUAUAUUUGAUUGGCAUUUUACUUUUUCAGUAAAUUACUCAAUUAACGACUUUAUCACUGAUGGCAGUUAUAUAUUUUUCGUUUCUAAUAAUACGCUGUAUGUAUGUGAUAAUCAAGUUUAUUCUGGAGCUUACCCACCCAAUCCACCCAGACGACUACUAAGCAAGAAACACAUAGCAAUAUCGUCAAUAUACCAUUAUGUUGAUGAAGACCGUUUUAACGAAUGGAUAUACAUUGGUUCUACCACUGAAAAACUUAUAUAUAAACUGAAUAAAAAUACGCAAGAACUAAUUAUACACGCUGGUUAUAAAUCGGGUGCAGUGCAGGAUUUUCUGAUCGGGAAGGAUGGUCUUAUAGUUUUCCGCGACGUGGACGGCAGCGUCGUACAGUGGGUGCCAUCACUGCCGUCUCAAGAUCGUAGUUGCGUCAUUGAACCCCCGCACGAGAACUUCUUCGUCAGAGAGACGUGUGUUUUGUGAUCGAAAUUUUUUAAUAUCCGUAUUUUAUAAAAAUAGAUAAUUAUGUAAAAAAUAUUAAUAAAACACACACAUACACACUCAUAA